CGUUUCAUUGCAUUCGAAAUCAUUAGUUGUAGUUUUCAUAAAAGUCGUUUAGUUUCAACUGCUGGAUAUAAAAGUGAUGAUGUCUAAUCACGAUCGUGUGAGUUCUUGGAUCACAGAAGCGUUGCAGAAUGAAGAUGUUAUCGAUUACAAAAUUAACAUAAAGGGAACUACUGGAAAAAGUCAAGGAUAUGUUGGAGAUAUCAUUUUUGCUGAUGUAUGUGGAAUUGACUGUAAGAAGCAGAAGAAAGAUUUACAUCUAGUGAUCAAGCAGGGAAAAACAAACAAGAAACUGAGGGAAACAUUUCCGAUAAAAACUUAUUUUGAAAGAGAGAUGUUCGUAUACAACGAAAUUUUGCCACUGUUUACCAGAAUACAAAAGGAGAAAAAAAUCAGUGACCCUUUCAAUUCCUUUCCGAAAUGUUUUAAAACUAUGAUAUUUGAAGAUACCGAAGUGAUAAUUCUAGAAAAUGGUAAACCUAUGGGGUAUGAAUUGCUUAGUUCAAAAUCUAUGAAUUUAGACCAUAUGAAAUUUAUUUUGAAGCAAUUCUCCAAGUAUCACGCUUUGUCAUUUGCAUUGCGUGACCAAAAUGAAAAUCAAUUCGAUAAAUUAACCUCACAUUUCAACUCAACCUUCAAGCUCAUAAUGGCAGAUGCAAGUUUCAUAAAUACAUUCAGAAAAGGUGUUCAAAAAGUGACUCGUUUCUUGAGAGAAAGGAAUGAAAGUGAUGUAUCAGACAAGCUUGAGAAGAAAUUGAAUAACAAAGAUCCUUGCCAAAUUAUGGACGAAGUUUUGAACAGCGAAACGAAGGAGUCAGUAAUAUUACAUGGAGAUAACUGGAUAAAUAAUUUCAUUUUCAGAUAUAAGGGUUGCGAUAAGCAGUCCCCAACUGAUGUCCUCAUGUUGGACUGGCAGUUCUGUUCACUUCACUCUCCCGUACUAGAUUUGAGCUAUUUCAUUUACGCAAACAGUUCCAAAUACGAGAUGGAUAAAUUUGAUGAUCUGAUGAAGUAUUAUCAUGCCCAUUUUUCAGUCUUUCUGCGAGAUUUGGGAAGCGAUCCACAAAAACUAUUCCCCUUCUCUGCCUUGUUGAACCAUUGGAGAAAGUAUGGGGCGUUUGCUGCAAUUUGGGUGAUUACUCUUUUAGACACAAUGAUUUGCGAUGAAGAGGAUGCACCAUCUCCCAGUGAUUUCAGUGAAGGUACUGGAAUGGGAGACCUCUUUCUGAACUUGAAAAUAUCUGACGAGGAGAUGUAUAAAAGUCGACUAGUGGCGAUAAUUAAUCAUUACUGUAAUUUAUAACGAGAAUGAAAAUUGCACACAACAUUCUGUUCAUGUGAUAUUUCAUGAUAAUUUAACACUAGUUGGAUGGCCUAUUUUGAAAAUAAAUAAAUGAAUGAUAAAACAUU